AUGCAACCAACAACACCACAACAACAAACACCUCGCAUUCUCAAUCAUGAUGAAUUAAAAUCCAAAUGGGAUGCCUUCUCUAAAAUCUUUCAGCAAGUGAUUGAACCUAGCACCAACAUUACUGCUCAAUCUCUCAUUUCCUCUCUCGUAUUAAAUCAAAAGAAACACAUUUUAGAUAUCGGAUGUGGAGGAGGAGGUGGUUCCUAUCUCAUUGCUUCUCAAAUGCCUUCCGAUUGUGAGCUUACGAGUAUGGAUCUCUCUUCCGAGAUGAUCAAAUUAACUCGGGAUCGAUGCCAUCUUCUCACUCAAGCUCCUUUCUAUCGAAAAAUUAAUUUUGUAGAAGGCUCUGCAGAGAAACUUCCUUUUGAAGAUGAAACAUUUGAUGCCAUCUUCUCCAAUUAUUGUUUGCAUUUAGUUCCGAAUCCAGAUCAAAUGCUGAAGGAAAUACAUCGAGUCUUGAAGAAGGGAGGAAAGGCUUGUUUGAGUGUUUGGGGUCGUCCCGAGAAUUCUCCUUCGUUCACUGUCAUGCAAAAAGCCAUGAUCGAAUGUAAGAAGAGAUUCAAUGUUCAAGAUGAAAGUAAUGCAGUGGUGAGAUCUCCUUUCCAUUUGCAUCAAAAAGAUCCAUUGCGUGAGAGAGUAUUGAAUUCUGGAUUUUCCAAAUGUUUGGCUUGGUAUCAAUUUCAACCUUUUCAUUCAUUUAGUGCUCGUGAAUAUGCCGAGUUGAAUAUUCUCACUCCUGAUUUUAGAGCUCUUGUGGAAGGAUCAGAAGAGAAGAGAUUGGAAGUGUUGAGUGUGUUGGAAGGAAUGGCCAAUGAAACAUUUGAAAAGAAUGAACCUAUUGGUAAUGAGGUGUUGAUUGUCUUGAUGAGUAAGGAUGAGUAA